AUGGUCGGAAGAGCUUGUGGUCAACAACAUGGAGAUAACGGCUGGGGUGAAUGGGGUGGUUAUAUGGCUGCAAAAAAACGCAAACUAGAAGAACAAUUUGAUAAAGAUUGUAUAAAUAAUGUUCAACAGCAUGAACGUAAAAGUAAUAUAUUCAAUGGAAUUUCAAUAUUUGUCGACGGACAUACUGAACCCCCGGCUGAUGAAUUAAAAAAAUUAAUGAUAGAACAUGGUGGUAUUUAUCAUGCAUAUUAUUCAAAAGAGAAAGGCACUUAUUUUAUAUCGAAUAAUUUACCAUAUGCAAAACUACAUAAACUUAAACCAAAUGAUAAAGUUAUUCGCUCACAAUGGAUUACUGAUUGUAUAAAACAAAAUAAACUUUUGCCAACACAUGAUUAUGAAAUGUAUAAAGACAUAACGAAAGCUCGUGGUCAAACUGAACUAAAUUUUAAACGUAUUGAACAACCAAUGAAACCAAUUACAUCAGACUUCAAUGUUCCAAACAGUGACGAUGAAGAAAAUAAUUCUCUAGAAAAAACACCAUCAUCAUCAGACAAUGAAGAAAUUGAACCUGAAGUUGACGAACAUCUAUCUGUACUUGAUGCAAAACAUCCUAAAUAUUUAGAAACAUUCCUUAAACGAUCACGUUUACAUUAUUUAUCAUCAACAGCUGUUGCAAAAAAAGUCUAUGUACAAGAUUUACGGCAAAAAGUUGAACAUCGUCUACUCAUUGAAAAACAACGGGAAGAAUUAAAAAAUAAAAUUCAAAGAACUGAACGUGAUUAUUUAUUUAAAUUAGUUGAUGAAAAAACAGAAAAAAUUUAUAUGCAUAUCGAUAUGGAUUGCUUUUUUGUAUCUGUUGCAACACGAAAUGAACCUGAAUUAAGAGAUCAUCCUAUUGCUGUUACUCAUUCGAAAGGGAAAAAAUCUACUACCAAUAAUCAACAUCAAUUCUAUUCUCGUUCAGAAAUUGCAUCUUGUAAUUAUGCUGCAAGACAAUAUGGUGUUCGCAAUGGAAUGUAUUUAGGUAAAGCACAAGAAUUAUGUGGCAAUCAUCAAGCUAAACUUCUCUGUCUAUCAUAUGAUUAUGAAGGUUUUCAUAUUGUAUCUGAUCUUUUUUAUAAUACAAUACUUAAUUAUACACUUGAUGUUGAAGCUGUAUCUUGCGAUGAAAUGUAUGUUGAUUUAACUGAAUUAGUACAAUAUUUCAAACCACUUCAUCCAUUAACGUUUGUUUCAUUAUUACGAGAAGAAAUUCAAUCGAACACAAAGUGUCCAUGUUCAGCUGGUGUUGGAUCAAGUCUGCUUUUAGCUCGUUUAGCAACUCGACAAGCUAAACCCAAUGGACAAUAUUAUGUUGAAAAAGGUUAUGAACAAGAAUUUAUAGCUAAACAAAAAAUUCUUGAUUUACCUGGUAUUGGUUUGUCAUUACUAGAUAAAUUACAACAAAAUUGUUCACAUCAAACAAUUGAAACCUGCAAAAAUGUACAAAAUUUAUUUUCUCUUGAACAAUUAAAAACUAUUUUGGGUAAAAAACAAGGACAAACUAUAUAUGAUAUGUCGCGAGCAAUCGACACAAGAAUACUUUCAAAAGAUUACUUGCCGAAAUCAAUAUCAAUUGAUGUAAAUUAUGGCAUAAGAUUUCAAACAUUUGAUGAACUAACUCUAUUCGUUAAACAAUUAUCAAUGGAAUUGCAUAAACGUUUAAAACAAGCUAAACAAAAAGGAAAACAAUUAACGGUGAAAAUUCGUGUUCGAUCUGCAAAUGCGCCUAUUGAACCAGAAAAAUUCAUGGGCUGUGGAAGAACCGAUGAUUCAAGUCGAUUAAUUAAUCUUCGUUCGUACAUAGAUGAACCAACAACUAUUGAAUUAGAAGCUAUCAAAUUAUUGAAACAAUUUCAUUUUAUUGUUGCAGAUUUACGUGGAAUUGGCAUAGGCAUAACACAAUUACAAUCAACAAUUAAAAAUAAUCAAGGAAAAGAUGUGAAUGGUACACGAACAUUAUUUGAAUGUAAUCAAUUUCGAGUACCAAAAUCAAUGGUAUCAACAGAAAAUGCAGAUACUAAUCAAAAUAUUGAUCAACCCAGUGAAAGUUCGGUAUCGAGAAAACGUCAUAUACAACAAGAACAAACAAUAGCGAUUGCAAGAAAAGCGGUACGACAUGAUUGUUAUACUCCUGGACAAAUUGAUCCUGGAGUAAUGAACGAACUUCCAAGUUCAAUACGAGAAGAACUUGAAGAAUAUUUUAGAACCCGUCCAUCUAUUUCAGAAGAAAAUUCAGAGUUAAAUCGUAGAGAAAUAGCUGAAAAAUCUUUUACACAAGUUAUGGAUCAUAUCGACGAAUCGGUUCUCAAUGAACUUCCACCAGAAAUGCGUCGUGAAAUAGCAAUGGCAAAAAAAUUACGAAAUAUUGAAACAAAAUAUCCAUCUAUAGGUGGUAAACGACUGGUACCUAUAUCAAAUUCAAUAGCUAAAGAAAAAAGUAAUGCAUUUAAUCUUCUAAUGAAUUCUCCACAAAAACAGCCUGCACCAAAAAAGCAAUCAAAUCCAAUUAAAAAAUGGCGUACAGAAACGAUUCUUCAAGAAGAAAGAAAUAUUCCUCUAGCUCGUAAUGAACCAAAAUUUAAUCGGAAUGAGAAAACAAAGCAACAGCCUAGUAUUGCUGGUUACACAACAUUAAGUGAUGUUAAAUUGAUGCUUCGUGAAUGGAUUGAAUCAAGUGAUGAACCAAAUCAAAUAGAUUUCGAUCUAUUUCAAAAUUAUCUAAUUGAAUUAUUAAAUGUUUAUAAUGCUGAAAUGGUUCAUCAGUUAUUAAACUAUAGUUUAUUACAAUUAGAAACUCAAACAAACAUAAAUUGGAAUGAAAAAUUCCAAAAUCUAAUCGAUGCUGUACAAACACAUUUUCGUCAAAUGUAUGGCGGUGCCACAAUGGAUCUUUCAUAA